AUAUAAAAACAAUGACGAUGAAGAAUAUCCCUCAGUGGCUUAUUCUCUUCAUAUUCGUUCUAUUCAGUUGAAAUACUCAAGUGGAAGAUGAUUGUUUUGGUUAUUUUCAGCCUCAUCGUCAGCGUGGUCUACUCAGCGCCCGGAUAUGAUCUGAACGAAUUAGACCUAUAUCACUCUCCGCUUCUCAAAGCAGCGCCAAUCUUGACGACUCCCAUAAUAAAAGAACCUCUGCAUCUGGCACCCGCACCCGUUUAUGCUCCAGAACCCAUCUACGCACCAGCACCCGUAAUCAAAGCAGCCCCAGUCAUUGCUCCAGCGCCUGUCAUAAAAACUGUGGCAGUUCCUGUAGUGAAAACUGUAGUACCAGCAACUAGCUACGCUAGCUUCACACAGUACCAUGUUGCCCAUCCUGCAGCUGUUGUGAAGACAGUUGUAGCUCCCGCUCCCAUUCUCAAGAGUUACAUUGCCUCACCUCUUUCGUAUGGCCACGGAUACCACUGACUGAAUAAAUAUUACCCCUACCGAAAAUGAAACCUUAUAGUGAUUAAUGUUAUUUAUUUCGCCGCAUUGUAGUCCGUUUAAGGAAGAGUUAAUAAAAAUGUUCGCAAUUUUGAA